GAGGGCGUGGGGAGGGGUGAGAACGGGAGAGAGGGAGUUUAAGGCCGGCUCUGCACGCCUGUGGUGGGCUGUUUCAACUUCAGGGCAACUUUAGAGAACUUCAGUUUAUUUUCGGUUCUGGACGACAGCUGAGACCAGCAGAGCCUGCUGGAGAUGCUGAUGCUGAUGCAGAAGAUGAAGAUUCUGUUAAUGAAGUGGCAGUAGAAGAUAUCCGUCCAAGGCCACAGGGAUCCUCUCCGGUUUAUGAAUAUUCCGUAGAAGAAGAAUAUUUAAAGCUUCAAGAAGAAAAGAAAAAAUAUUCUACAGACAAAUCAAAACAGAGUCAUCCACAGGAAACAAUGGAAGUGACCCUGAAAACAGAAGUGGAAGCUGGUGCUAGUGGUUUUAGCGUGACUGGUGGAGGAAAUGAAGGAAUAUUUAUUAAAAAAGUGCUUAAGGAAUCUCCUGCUUCAAAAAUAUUCAGUAUGAGAGAAGGUGAUCAGCUUCUAAGUGCUACAAUAUUUUUUGAUAAUAUCAAGUAUGAAGAUGCACUCAAGAUUCUUCAAUAUUCAGAGCCAUAUAGAGUUCAGUUCAGCCUCAAAAGGAAGAUUGCUGGGAAAGAGCUAGAACACAUUCAUUCUACAGCACAGUACAAAAAGGAAAAAUUAAGUCAGGACAAGGAACUCAGUGAAAGCAUUCCUGAAGAAACAUUGCACAUUUCAGGAAAAACUAUUUCAGAAGAAGACAAGGAAACAUUAAUUGUAAACCAAAGGGUGGGAAGAAGCAAGCGACCUAAAAAAGAUAGAUUAUCAUGGCCAAAAUUCCAGUCAAUUAAAAAUAAAAAGAUACUGGGGCACCGAAGAUCUCACAGUACAUCAGAUGCAUAUGAGCCUGCUACACAAGAUAUUUCCCCAACAAGCACAGACACCGAGUCUCAAUUUCAACAAGAAAUCAAUACCAAAGAAAAAAAAGGAAGCCAAAAGAAACUGAAGUUCCCUAACAUUGGAUUCAAAAUGCACAGAUCAAAACCAGAACCAAAAGAGAAACAAACAACAGAAAUAAAAACAACACUGUUAACUGAAAUAGAUAACAUACAUAAAGAAGAUAUCAUCAUGGAAAAUCCUGAAAUAUUAACUGUUGAAUAUACCACAUCAUCUGCUUAUGAAAUGAAAACAGGGGAGGUACAUGAAACUUUAACAAAAGACUUGAAAGAAAUGAAAAAUGGAAUUCCAACCCAAACAAAAAAGCGCCCUGAAGUUGAAAUAAGCAUUAAAAAACAAGAAGACCAGGAAUCAACACUGAAGUUUACUGUACCAGAAGUACCAGCUAUAUCAACACAGAUAUCAAAACCCAGCUUAGAAACACCUGAUCUGAAAGAGAGCCCAGCUAAACAAACACCACAGGCCACAUCAAAAUCCCGAAAAAAGAAACUGAAAGGAAUAACGCACAAAAUAGAAGGUGAAAGUGGAAUUAACAUAGAAAUAAUGGAUCACCCAGCACAAGAAUCCAUAGAAAUAAAAGGUCUAGAAAUAGGCACUGCUAAAGCAGAAUUACACACAACAGCUGACGCCCUGGAAACAAGAGAAAAGCAGGCAGAAGAUAACACACAAAUAUUAACAAUUCAGAAAACAAAAUUUAGGACUUCAAUGCCCAAAAGAGAAGAACCAGAAACUGAAAGCACCUUAACCAAAUCAGGAAGCGAUGUUCCAUUUUCAGUACCAGAAACAACAGAUGACACAAGUAAGGAAGGAGGCAGAAAGCUGGAUGUGAAAACUGAUGUGCCUGAUGCAGAAUCAGAAGCAUCUACAUGGAAAAUAAAAAUGCCAUCAUUCAAAAUGGCCAAAAUACCUAAAGAUGACAUAAAACUACCCAGAGAAGAGAGGAUAGUCCAGUCAGUAGAUACUGUAAAAAAGGCACAGGCAGAAGAAGAUGAUGAGCUCACAACUGAUGAACACUGGAAGACAGACAUUGAUAUGAAGGCAAAAGAAAAAGAUACAGAAGGAAAAGAAAGCAAAUUCAGACUGCCAAAGUUCAAAUUACCAACAUUUAGCUGGGCAACGUUAAAGGAUGAAACAGGGGAAAUCGAGGGUCAGGUGAGCCAUGGGGAAACAAAAGUGCAUUACAUAGAAGCAAGUGAAAGAACAGACAUUAGCAUAACAAUAGGAGAGAUGCAGGCUCCGAGUGUUGAAACUGAAAAAAGGAUAACUGAAGAAAAUAUGAGUGACAAAAAUGUAAGACAACUACCAGAAGUCCAAAUGCCAAGUUUGAAAAUGAUACAAAUAAAAACUAUAUCCACAGAGAAUCAGUGGGCAAUAGAAGAAGAAAAAGCAAAGCCACCCAAACCAGAUACUGAAAAGAGAGAGGGUGAAUUAUCUGUACCAUCCAAGGAAAGAGAAGAUAUCUCUGAAACUAUAUCAAGUAAAGAAGAAGAGACAGGAAUAAAAUUUCAAAAGAAAAAGAUCAAAAUGCCAAAAAUGGCUUUUUUUAAACAUGAAGUAAAGGUACAAAAGGAAGAGCCAGAUAUUACAAAAUAUAAACUAGAUAUAACCUUGCCUAGCACAGAAAUGAAACAAAAGGAGAUACAGCUCAAGGCCAGCGCAGGCGAUGUCAGCCUCUCGGCCCCCGACGUGCAGCUGCCCUCGCUCGAAGGCUCCCUCAGCCUCCAGGGCCCCGAGGUAGACCUGAAAGCGCCCUCCGCCGAAGGCGCGCUGGACGGAGCCGAGGUGGAAGCCGCCGGCCUGAAAGGGAAGAUUAAGAUGCCCAAGUUCGACAAGCCCAAAUUUGGAGUGUCGCCCCCGAAGGCCCAAGGGCCCGAGGCCGAGGUCAGCCUGCCCACCGCAGAGGUCGGCCUCCCCGCCGCCACCGUGAGCGCCGCAGGGCUCGAAGGCCCCGCACUGGGCCUCAAAGCCGACGUCCCCGGUGCCAAAACCGAGGGGGCUGGCUGGAAGGUGGAAAUGCCCUCCCUCAAAAUGCCCAAAGCUGACAUCAAAGCUCCCAAGGUGGACAUCGGCCUGCCCUCCGUCGACAUCACCCUCCCAAAGGCCAGCGUCGACCUGCAGGCGCCCGAGGCAGCCCUCACCCUCGAAGGGGAAGCAAAAGCCCCGGAGAAGGAGGCCUCGAAGGCGAAGGACAGCAAGUUCAAAAUGCCCAAGUUCGGCAUGCCUUCCUUGGGCUGGUCCAGCAGCAGAGAGGCCAAGGGCUCUGUCGCCGCCGACGUGGACGUGAGCCUCAAGGAGCCCCAAGUGACGGUGCCCUCGGGAACCGCCGAAGCCGAGGUGACCCUGCCCGGGGCUGAGAUCCAGGCUCCCGGCGCCGAGCUGACCAUCGAGGCCGCCGCCGGAGGAGACGCGGAGAAAGGCAGAUUCAAAAUGCCCGACGUCAAGAUGCCCAGCGUCAAACUGCCCAAAGUCAAGGCUCCCCACGUGCAGGUCAGCCUGCCGAAGGCCGAGGUCUCGCUGCCCAAAGCCCAGGCUGAAAUCCCGGAGGUGACCCUGCCCGGGGCUGAGAUCCAGGCUCCCGGCGCCGAGCUGACCAUCGAGGCCGCCGCCGGAGGAGACGCGGAGAAAGGCAGAUUCAAAAUGCCCGACGUCAAGAUGCCCAGCGUCAAACUGCCCAAAGUCAAGGCUCCCCACGUGCAGGUCAGCCUGCCGAAGGCCGAGGUCUCGCUGCCCAAAGCCCAGGCUGAAAUCCCGGAGGCUGAGCUCACCCUGCAGGGCCCCGAGGCCGAAGGCAGCCUGGACGCCGCUCCCGGAAAAGUCGAGGGCAGCGGCAUGAAGCUGCACAUGCCAAAAGUCAAGGUGCCCGGCGUGGCCUUCUCCAAGCCAACCGUCAAGGCUCCCAAAGUCGACGCAGACGUCAGCCUGCCCAAAGUCGACGUCAGCCUCCCGGAGGCAGAGCUCAAGGCCGGGGCGGGCGACGUCAGCCUCUCGGCCCCCGACGUCCAGCUGCCCUCGCUCGAAGGCUCCCUCAGCCUCCAGGGCCCCGAGGUAGACCUGAAAGCGCCCUCCGCCGAAGGCGCGCUGGACGGAGCCGAGGUGGAAGCCGCCGGCCUGAAAGGGAAGAUUAAGAUGCCCAAGUUCGACAAGCCCAAAUUUGGAGUGUCGCCCCCGAAGGCCCAAGGGCCCGAGGCCGAGGUCAGCCUGCCCACCGCAGAGGUCGGCCUCCCCGCCGCCACCGUGAGCGCCGCAGGGCUCGAAGGCCCCGCACUGGGCCUCAAAGCCGACGUCCCCGGUGCCAAAACCGAGGGGGCUGGCUGGAAGGUGGAAAUGCCCUCCCUCAAAAUGCCCAAAGCUGACAUCAAAGCUCCCAAGGUGGACAUCGGCCUGCCCUCCGUCGACAUCACCCUCCCAAAGGCCAGCGUCGACCUGCAGGCGCCCGAGGCAGCCCUCACCCUCGAAGGGGAAGCAAAAGCCCCGGAGAAGGAGGCCUCGAAGGCGAAGGACAGCAAGUUCAAAAUGCCCAAGUUCGGCAUGCCUUCCUUUGGCUGGUCCAGCAGCAGAGAGGCCAAGGGCGCUGUCGCCGCCGACGUGGACGUGAGCCUCAAGGAGCCCCAAGUGACGGUGCCCUCGGGAACCGCCGAAGCCGAGGUGACCCUGCCCGGGGCUGAGAUCCAGGCUCCCGACUAUGGUGUUCCCAUGGCUUCCUUCUCUGGAAAAGAUGUUGAGAUGGGUAAAACUAGAAGUUCUCUAUUUAAAAUUCCAAAAGUUUCUCUUUCAAAAACUUCUAAAUCAGAGAUGCAGAGUAGGUCCAGUAGUGAUUUUGCUCGGUCAGAAUGUUUUUCUUAUAUAGUAGCAGAGGAAGCUCCCGUUAUUCCUUCAAGCAGUGUCGGACCAAAACCUUCUCCUGAUGAUAAGGGAGAGACUGCCUCUAAAAAUACUAAAUUUAAAAUUCCUAGUUUGAGUUUCUCUAAAGUUGAUAUUAGUUCUUCUAAAAUUGAACAGCUUUCUGAAUUACCGAAAGGGGAUGUAACUCUCACCAAGUAUCAAAUGAAUUUACCAGAAUCUGAAUGCAAAAUAUCACCUCUUACUGAUAUGAAUCUUUCUGCCACAGAUUUUGAAAUUUUACCUGAGGAAGGUUCUUUGGAGCCAAGUGUUCUGAAGUCAGGAGGUGAAACACCACUUGCUGAAAUAUCUGUGGAUGAUACAGAAUAUACAGUUAAAAUACCUAGAUUCCGAAAACCAAAAUUUGGAAUUUCUUGGUCUAAGGGAAGACCACCAGAAAGUGACAUUCAUUCUAAAGUGGAAUCUGAAAUUUCCAAGGAAAAGAAGACAUCUGAUAUGUCUGAUAUUGGCAAUGAAACUCCAACUCAAGUUCCUGAUACUGAAUUAUGUGUAAAAAUGCAAAAGCCUUCACCUGAAGUUGUUUUGGAUGCACCAAAGUUGGAUAUCAUUCUUCCCUCAAUGGAAGUUACCAUGCCAAAGGUAGAAAUGGAAAUCCGACAUUCAAAUUUAGAAUGCAAGGCGGAACAGGAAGUGAUUUCAGGCGAGAAGGAUACUGAGGAAAAAGAAAUUAAAUUUAAAAUGUCAAAAUUCAAACUGCCUUCAUUCCGUUGGUCCCCAAAGAAAGAAGCAGUUGUUCCUUCUGAAGUUGAGGCACAUCUGGAGGAACCCAUCCCACCUGCUUUAUCUGGAGAUACAGAAUCUGAAUUUAGACUAACUAUUCCUGAGAAUCAAUAUCCUAGUAUGGAAUUGGAUACAUCAACAGAAAAAGAUGGUGAAAAGGGCAAAAUGAAAAAGUCUCCAUAUGGCAUGCCAAAGAUCUCACUCUCUAAAGUGAAGGGUCAGAAAGUCCAUGUCUCUCUGCCCAAACUAGAAACUGAUGUCUGUGAGCCCAAACAAGGAAAAGAAGGAGGUGUUUCAGUGAAGAGGUCUGAGAAAGGGAGCAGUGGAGAUGAGGCAGGAAUGGGCAUAAAGACACCAAAAGUUAAAAUCUCGACCUUGGAAUUUUCCAAACCAGAAGUCAAAGUUCCCAAAGUAGACAUGGAUGUUAGCAUGUCUACAGGUAAGGUCAUACCUCCUACAUGUGAAGUCAGUCUUCAACAGGUUGACCUGACAUUGAAAUCAGCUGCUGCUGAUGCCAGCCUCUCCAGCUCAGAUGUUAAGAUGAAAACAACUGAAGGUUCCCUUGAGUUGAAGAGUCCUGAGACAACUGUUGAAAGAACAUCAAGUGAAAUUACUGUUGGUACCGUAGAAAUAAAACAUGAAGGUCCUGAAGAAAAAGGUAAAAAGUCUAAAUUACAAAUGCCAAAGUUUGGAAUAACACAUUUGAAAGGAAAAGUGCCAGAAAAGGAGGUCAUCCGAUCCAAAUCAGAGAUCGGUGUUCCCCAGUUAAAAGCAAUGAUAGAAAUUGCUGACAUUGGCGUUGAAGCACCAAAUUUGGAGGUGGAAUCUGCUGCAGAAAGCCCUAAAGCUCAAAUGCCCGAAGCUGACAAUAGGGUAUCAAAGAUUGAUGUCCACCUCCCAUCAGGUGACAUUUCUGUCCCAAAGACAGACAGUGAUAUUCAGGAUUCAGAUACAGUACCAAAAGUUAAAGAGGAAAUAAAGCAUGGAGAUGUAGAUGGAGAAGAGAAAGAGGGACAUUUCAAAAUGUCAAAAUUCAAACUUCCAUCCUUUAGUUGGUCGCCAAAAAAGGAAGCAUGUGUUAAACCAGAUUCUGGAGCACAUCUGGAAGAUCAUAAAAUUACUAUAGUGUCAGGCAGAAUAGGCACAGAAGAGACAGGAACUGCAACUGAUGAUCAAGGUCCUAGCACAGCCCUUGAUCUGGAAAUUUCUGCAGGAAAAGGUGAACAAAAAAGUCAAAUUAAAAAGCCGCAAUUUGUCAUGCCUAAAAUUUCACUCUCCAAAAUCAGGGUUCCCAAAUCUCAGGUUAAUUUGCCAAAAGUUGAAGCUGAUGCUACUAUUCCUAAAAUAGAAGAAGAUGGUGAUGAUUCAGUACGGAUACUUGAUAUAGAAAGAUGUUAUUCCAAAAGCACAGAUGAGGGGGCACAAAUAAGUAUAAAAAUGGCUGAGGUUAAGAUCCCUACUUUGGAGUUUUCCAGAACAGAAAUUGGAGCCUCCCAAACUGAUAUGGGUGUCAGCUCAGGAAAGGCUGAUCUGCCUGCCUCAGAAGCCAGUCUUCAACAGGUUGUCCUAAAAUCAAGUUCUGCUGAUGAAGAUACCAGUCAAAAGAGAGGGAUUAAGCUUCCCAAAGGAGAAGCCUCAAUUGAACUGAAGAGCCCUGAGACAGGAACUGAAGGAUCAUCAGUUGUGGAUGGGAGAAAGAUGAAAUUGGAAGGUCUUGAAGGGAAGAUUAAAAUGCCCAAAUUCCAGAAGCCAAAGUUUGGAAUCUCCCUAAUAAAAGGGAAAGGGCCAGAGCCUGAGAUUAGCUCUCCAAAAACAGAAGCUGAGCUACCCCAGCUACAAAUGACAACAGAAAUUGCUGAUGUUGUGGGAGUUCCAGCAUCAGAAUUUAAAUCUGAUACUUUGGAUCCUGGAGCGGAGGUUUAUGCUGGGAAGAUCAUAACACCUCAGGUUCCAACAGCUAGCACUGAAGUUCCAAAGGUAGACAUUAGUCUCCAGUCAGUGACUACAUCAGUGACAGAGGGAGCUAUUGAGAGCCCUGAGGAGAAGGAUAUAAAAUUAAAAGAAGGAGAAAUAAAAGUUCAAGAAAUUCAGACUGAAGAAAAUCAGGGAUGGUUUAAAAUGCCAAAAUUCAGAAUACCUGCAUUUGGCAGGACAUCCUUAAAGGAAAAAAAAGAUGAUGCUGAUGUUGAAAGAAGUCUGGAAAGGCCUCAGGUAGGCAUUGCCUUUGAAAAAAUACAAGCUGAAAUAAAUAUUCCUGAAAAUACGUUAUCAUUGCCAUAUGCAGUCACUGAAAUUACUAUUGGAAAAGAGGACAUUCUCAAAUUAGGAGAUUCUGUGAAGAGUUCUGAUGUUAGCUUGCCAAAGAUGGAAGGAGAUAUUUCAUUAUCUGCAGAAAGAACAGAUAGUAAAGUGGAUAUUCCAAAAACUGAAACUUAUGCAGAUGUAGUCAAGCACAGCGCUGAAGGACAAAAAAUGCAUACUUUGGAAUUCAAAGUAUCUUCAACAGAGUUGUCUAAAACAGAAAUAAGUGCUUCAAAAAUUGACAAAGACAGCCCAAAUAAGUUUCCUACAUGUGAUCUGACUCUUCAAAAGCACAAAGUCAAUUUACAGGAUAUAGAGAUCCCCAAAAUGGAAAGUUCCAUUGAGUUAGAGACUUCAAGAGUAGAAUUUAAACCUUCAUCAGCUGAAAUUACUCUAGAUGCAACACAGGAAAAAAUAGAUGUUAGUCUUCCAAAGGCAGAGCUGGAUAUCCAAGGCCAAGAUGCAGCAAUAAAAACAGGAAAGAUAAAGGAUGAGACGAAAAUUAUAGGAAAAGAUGGUCAAGGAAGCCAACUGAAAAUGCCUGUAUGUGAAUGGUCUACAACAAAGGGGUCAGAAGAUGAUGCUUAUGUCGCAGCUAAACUGGAAGAGCUGAAGACAGAAGUUCCAGGAGUGAAAAUGGAUGUUAAAAUCGGUAGAGUAGAUCCUGAAAUAGAAUUUCAAGUGGAAAGUGUUGAAAAGGACAUGUCUGCAGGAGCGGAAGUGCAAGUAGAAGGCAGAGAAGAAACAAGUAAAAUUAAAACAUACAAGUUUAAGAUUCCAAAGUUUGGAGUGUUGCAUUCGAAAGUGAAGGGUUCUGAAGAUGAUAUCAAUUUGCCUGAGUCAGAAGCUGUUUCGAUGCCUGAAACUGAAAUAGGCACAGCAGAAAUCCUGUUUCAACAAUCAGAAGGAUCAUAUGGCCAGAAAAGUCCAACUCAUGAUCGUAUCGAACCAUCUGCCAGAAUGACAAUGGACACCAUGGACAAAUCAGAAGAAGAUCUGGAAGUAAAUAUAAAAAUUCCAAAAUUAAAAAUACCAAAAUUCACUUUCAAAGCUUUCCCAACUGAAGCUGAUGUUUCAGUGUCAAAAUUGGCAACAGAUCGUAAAGGAACUAGUACUGACAUUGAGGUUGUGCAACUGGAAGCAAGUUCUGCAACCCCUGCAACACCAGAGGCUCUAGAGGGUGGUAUUCAAAAGGCAAAAAGCAAAAUUCUAUUGCUGUCUGAACCUGACAUUAAAACAGCACAGAUUACUACUACCAUAGACUCCUCUGGUAAUACAGGGCAAGAUAUUCAUUGGUCGUAUGUAGAGGGCCACGAAAUACAUGAGAAAGUGGAACCUGAACAUGUUGCUAUUGAAAGAUGUGAGAUUUACACUACUGAGAUAGUGAAAGAAUCAGAGAUUCUCUCGUCGGAAGUUAAAACUGCUACUUUGGGAUUCUCAUUGCUCAAGGUGAAACUGCCUGAAUCACAUAGUAACUUGGAUGUGCUAGUUCAGCAAUCUUCUACAGAAUAUAAAACUGGUGCAUCAGUGAGCAAACCUAAAUAUUCUGGUGAAAGCUUUGGAGUAUCAGCAGAGACGACUGGCACUGAAGAGCUUGAAUUAUCUGACAAACCACACAUUGAGACUGAAGCAUCUAGUGGAGUAGUAUCUAGUGGCGUCAGUUUGCCAAAGUUAAAAACAUUUGCUGUUGAAGUAAAGCCUUCCAGUAAACUGGAAGACAGUCAUCAUGACAAGCCAUCAGAGGGAAUAACUGUAGCUUCUCUCUCUAAAGAUGGUGAUGUAGCUGAAGCACUAGAAGAUGAAGAAAAAGGCAUAACUGAUCAAAAAGAAAAGACUGAUAGUAGAAGAUCUCCAGGAAGAUUCAAAUUUUGGCUUCCCAGUAUUGGCUUUUCAUCUUCUGGUGAUGAAACAAGCUCAGAUUUGAAAACAGAAGUAAAAAAAUCGGUUCCAGAAGACAUGAAACCUACUGACACAUUAGAUGAUGAUUCUUCUAAGCAAACAGAAAAAACUGGAUGGUUUAGAUUUCCCAAGCUUGGUUUCACAUCUCCUUCUAAAAAGGCAAGGACUGGUGACAAAGAAGAGGAGACAGGACAAAAAGAUAGAAGCUCAGAUGAAGAUAGUCCAUCAGAUAAACCCGAUGUAUUUUUUGAUGCACAAGAAAGCUUAUCACCUAAAGAAACAAUAACAGAGAGUGAAAAAACUGAAAUUGAUGGGACAUCAUCUAAUGUUCUGGUUUCUCGAGAUAUUGUUACAUCUUCAGCAAGAACUGAACUAAUCUUGUUGGAAGAAGAAAAAGGGAGCCAAUCAAAUAUUCCUGGAGAUACAACCAAAUGAGAAUUGUUUUUUCCUAACCCUCAAUGAAAGUAACCUGCAUAUACAGAGAAAAAAAAAUGUUUUCUGAAUUUUCCAGUAACUGAAAAUGAAACAAAACUUAAAACUGACAUUCAUGAAAAGUUUGUUGAACAUAAUUUACCACAUAUAAAUUUUCAAGAACAUGAAUGUGCUAUACUGCGCACUAAUAGAAUUAUUUAUUUCUUCAAAUUACACAAAAAGAAACAAACAACUACAGAUACAGGGAAGUUCAUAGUUUUAACAGUCUGAAAAGAUACAUGAACUGUGAAAGCAAACCAUUGAAAGGCUCAAAGACAGCAAAAAGGCUUGUUAAAUAGGCUUCUCAAAAAUAAAGUGAUUAUGUUUAGAUUAUAGAUUAUUUGCAGAAAGGAGUAUAAACUAAUACUAUGAGAACUAUACGUACAUGUUUAGGUUUUAUAUUGAAACCUUUCUGACCUAUUUUGCCUUCUUAUUAAAAUACUUUCUUUAUUUCAGCUAGAGUAUAUGUAUAUUCCACAUUUUAAAAUGCAAAAUAAAAACAAAAUACUAGUGUAGAUGGAAUAACACUUUCCCCUUUCCCCUCUUUUCUUUUUCUGAUUAUUGUGGUGGUUCAUACUUAGCCUUAAAAGAUUUUAAAAAACAACAACAAAAUAAAUUCGAGACCAAAAAAUAUAUAAUUGAUUCAAACUUUCAGAAUACCAGAAGAAAACAUGGUGACAAAAAAAAAUGAUAAAAAUGUGGGUAAAUAAAGUGUUUAUGUAUAUAUUUACUGACUAGUUAAAUGCAUAAAAUGCAUAGAAUGAUCUGCCACACUUUGGUGGAAUUGCUUCAAAGAUUUUCUGGGAAAGUAGAUGUAUAUAAUUAUUUACCUCUUUGUUUAUAUUAAUGCUUUUCUCAAGUGCACAGCCAAAACCAGAGUGAAUAUUUGACAGCCUUCACAGGUAUCAUUAAAACACUGACUGUAUUCUUAAU